AUGCAUCCAGCUCCGUCCCUAGCAGAGGCAUUUCCCAAGUCGGACGACGGCAGAGCCCAGCAGCAGCAGCCGCCUCACGGUCAAACAACUGGUCAGCAGCACAUCCGGGCUCAGCUAGACCAACAACAACCUGGGACUCCUAACCUCCUGGACCAUCACUCACCUGCAUCGUCCAGUCGCUCACCGCAGCCGAUUAGAAAAGAUACCAAUUCUUCGACUUCGACAAGUGCGACAGAUGCCACCCUUGUCUCUACUGACAGCAACUCAACUGCAAGUGCCUACAGUGUAGAGUCGUCCCAGUCUAUCUUCUCCAUCAAAGAUGGCUCCGACGUCUCGCAUAACCGUCGGGCCAGCCGUCGGAGGACUGGCCCUCUGUCGGCGCAGCAGAGGGAAAAGGCAGCCUUGAUCAGGAAGUUGGGCGCGUGCCAGGACUGCCGUCGACGCAGGGUUGCUUGCCACCCAAAUCAUCACAACCUCACUUGGGAAGACGCAAUGAGGAAAUACCGCUCUCAUAGCCCCAUGCAAGAACUCGCCCCAUUGGCUGGCCGCCCCCUCAGUCCUCGACCCAAUCAUGUGAGGCAUGCAUUUACUCAAGAUCCCCAGGAGAUGGAUAUCGAUUCAACUCCGACUCCUCCAGGCACCCAGACAACUCCCGGUCGCGCACCGUUGAGUGACUCGCGCAUACGGACGCCUUUGCCGUCUGGCCCACGACUGGAUAAGUCCUUGUCCAUGCCCCCGCUGGUUGCAAGGCCACCAACACUCGCAACCUUACCAAACAUUGAUUUCAUCAAGUCCGAGUUGGAGAGCAGUGCGUCAAGGAUUCUUGCUGGCCCUCACCGGGGUCGAUACAGCACUGUCCUGGCGCUGCUCAUCUGUUGGCAGGAGGACGAGGAGCCUGGUGUCACGGCCGCGAUUCAGGAGCUUGGCGAUGUUUUUGACAAAUACUACCAUUUCACGUUUGAAAUCAUCAAGAUACCGCCGGUUUCCUCGGAUGCCUACAAAAGCCCGUCCCGAUGGCUGUCACGAGUCAUCAACGAUUUUACUGACAACAGCGACACGAGAGACGUCCUAAAAAUUGUGUACUACAACGGAUGCAGCUACCUCGAUGACAAUAGGGAGAUGGUUCUAGCGAGCUCUGGAGAUCGAGAAAGAGCUACAACCAUCAGGUGGGGUAGUAUCGAGCAGACCUUGGAAGACGCUUGCUCCGAUACCCUCCUCAUCAUCGACGCUGCAUACUUUCCAUCCGCGAAGAUGGUUCGCCAAAUGGGUAUGUUGGAGCUUAUAGCUGCGUCUGCUUCCGAGGAACACUUCAAUAUUCUCGGCAGAAGCAGCUUCACCAGAGCAUUGGCUGAGCAGUUGCGUACACGCGCUGUUCAGCGCCUUCCCAAUGCUCCUUCGGCGGCAGAGCUCCACGCGAGACUGCUGUCCAUAUAUCCUAGGAUUAUCCAGGAUAAACAUCCCGAGAGGGAAAGCACCGCCAGCACCCCGUUACCGCUGCAUGUGCAGGUAUCGGGCAGUUCAAGGCUCCCCUCAAUUACGUUAUCCCCAUUGCAACCUAGAACGCCACUCUACAGCCCUGAGAUGCCCAGUGGGCCUCACUUGUCGUUGUCAAUCCGAUUGACUGACGACCACAUCGACACCGAUUGCUGGAUAGAGUGGCUUCGCCAGAUGCCUGACGGAGUCAAAGAUAUCAAAGUAGAGGGCCCUUACCGAAUGUUAAGGUGA